CCCAAGAUGGCAGCCCCCAUGAAAGCGGCAUGAUAUGCAGGUUCAACAUGAUCGUACACAGUCACCAUCCGUUAGCAUAGCGACUUUCAGAAUAUGUUAUGGAGAACAUGAUAUGUAGCUGCUUGUUAAGUUUUAAACAUGUUGCACAACAUCAGGAUGGUGGUGUUCUCUUCCUCGAGUUUGGCUGCAAGGGGGGCCCUGUUUGGGUUGCGGGGUCAUGUCCCUCGGUCCGUCGUGCGGUGCUACCAAGCCGUGGACCACGAUGACAUGUCCAAGAUCAGGAACAUCGGAAUCAUGGCUCACAUUGACGCGGGCAAAACAACUACAACGGAGAGGAUGCUGUUCUAUUCCGGAUAUUCGUCACACAUAGGAAAUGUGGACAGUGGAGACACCGUCAUGGACUACAUGGAUCAGGAACGUGACCGCGGCAUCACCAUCACCUCUGCUGCCAUCACGUUCCCCUGGCAACAUCACCGCAUCAACCUCAUCGACACACCAGGCCAUGUGGACUUCACGGUGGAGGUGGAGAGGUCCCUGAGGGUGCUGGAUGGAGCAGUUGCCAUCUUGGAUGCUUCAGCUGGAGUGGAGGCCCAGACCGUGACCGUGUGGAGACAAGCGGACCGCUACCACCUCCCGAGGAUGGUGUACCUGAACAAGAUGGACAAGCGUGGUGCCGACCUACACCUGUGUCUCAACUCACUCACUCACAAACUGAAGGUGCAGCCCAUGGUGCUGCAGUUGCCGCUGGGGGCGGAGCGAGGCUUCCAUGGGGUCAUUGACCUGGUCAGUAUGGAGAGGCAGGUUUGGGACACUAGCACAUGUCCCGAUGGUGCUGUGUAUGAACAAAGCCCACUCCCUGAGUCAGAUCCCCUGUACGAAACUGCUCUGAAUGAGAGAAACAAUUUGAUUGGUCAGCUUGCUGAUUUUGAUGACAGGCUGGCAGAACUUGUUCUGUCUGAUGACAUAACGAACAUUCCCCAGUCUGUGCUGCAUAAUGCCAUCAAACUUUGCACGGUGAAGCAGCAUUUGGUUCCGGUGCUGUGUGGAGCCUCCUUCAAGAACAAGGGAGUGCAGCCUCUCCUGGAUGCCAUCAUCCGCUACCUGCCCAGUCCCAUGGAGGUCAGCUAUGGGUUUGCUGAGCACUAUGGAAGUGACCUCUGUGCUCUCGCUUUUAAGGUCAUUCAUGAGAAACAGCGAGGUCCCCUGACGUUUCUUCGAAUGUAUUCAGGGAUGAUGAAGAGUGGGGAGUCUGUGUACAACAUCAACCGUGGUGUGACGGAGAAGACGAGCCGACUGCUGCAAGUGUAUGCCAACGACUUCCAUGACAUGUCCACAGCAUCGGCUGGCAACAUCGUCCUGGUGGCAGGACUCAAGCAGACGUACACCGGAGACACCAUCACCAACACACAGAAGACGGCCAACGCUGCAGCACGGACAUACAGGGCACACAGACACAAGGCGGGGCUGACUGAUGCAUCCAACAGCAAUAGUGAAGGGGACGACCACCUGGAUGGGGACAGUGGGCUGCCUGUGCUGGCAGGGCUCGAUAUUCCUGAUCCUGUCUUCUUCUGCUCCAUCGAACCCCCAACAAUGGCAGCUCAGAGACAGCUGGACAUGGCCUUGGAUUGCCUUCAGAAAGAGGACCCAAGUUUGAAGGUUGAGUUAAAUCAGGAAACAGGGCAGACUAUUCUGUUGGGGAUGGGGGAACUUCAUCUUGACAUCAUCCGGUCCCGCAUCCUCAAGGAGUACCGCGUUGAGGCCGAGAUUGGACCCCUCCAGGUCGCGUACAGAGAGACAUUAUCAGUGGAGGCUGAGGUUGAGGACACCCUUGACAGAACUGUGGGGGAGCGACGCCACCAGGUGUUCAUGAAACUGUCCGUGCACCCAGACAUCGACACCCAGGACUUUAAACACGUGGAGCUGGUGUCGUUCAGGGACCAUCACUUUCAGCCGAAGCGCCCCCAGUUGAAGGCUGUGGAGAGUGGCAUCAGAUCCUCACUACAGAACGGUCCUGUACUCAACUGUCCUGUGAUCCACGUCCGGGUCCGGCUCCACAGCCUCCAGGUCCGCCCGGGCACGUCCCUGGCAAUGGUGUCGGCCUGUGCAGCACAGUGUGUGAGCAAGGCCCUCCGGGAUGCAGAUGCAGCACUCCUGGAGCCCAUGAUGAAGUUACAGAUCUCUAUGGAUGAGGAUCACCUUCACUCUGUGUUGUCUGACCUGGCACAGCGCAGGAGCCACAUCGAGAGCAUCGCCCCCCGGGAUGAUGUGAGGGUGGUGGAGACAAUGACACCGCUAGCUGAGCUGAUGGGGUACUCCACAGACAUAAGAACCAUCACCUCUGGUACGGCCAUGGUGUCCAUGGAGUUUUCUCACUAUGAACUGAUGUCUGUGCAGCAGCAGAACAAGGCCAUAGAGAAGGUGCUAGGUUUUGUGCCAAAUAGAUGACCUGGUCUGAUGCAGGGGCGUUGUGAAGGAUGUCAGUUAUGUUGUUAAAAAUUGUUGGUUUGAUAAGUGUGGAUGUGUGAAUAUUGAAUCCUCUUAAUGUUAGGGUUACAUGUCACAGGAUUGUAGAGAUAGUGCAGUAGUGGCUGGUCUGAGUCUGUUCUGAGUCUGGUCCUGGUUCUACAUUCAGGUCUGGGGCCAGUCCAGCAGAGCUGUGUGAUAUUGCCGAGCCAUUUACAUUUGUACAUCAAACUAUCAAACUAGGAAUAUUCUAGAUUGCAAUAAACUGGUACAUAUUU